ACAAUCCCCUCCCACUCUGUCUAACCGUGUACCAAGACAACUGCAGCGCGCUGAUAGCGUUCACGUGGAUGCUGUUUUGCAGCAUCAGAGGCGCACUUCCCAAGACCUAGUUUAUUUGACGGGGGAUGAUACAUGAUUUGGUUAGUGGUGUGAGAUGUUCAUUAUUUGCCAUGGCAAGAGGUCUGUUUUCAUGGGUCAGGCUGAGGAAGCCUAUCUACAUACAGGCCCGAUUCUCUUACCUGCACAUGAAGUAUAUGUUCUUCUCGUGGUUGGCAGUGUUUGUGGGUAGCUGGGUGGUGUAUGUGGAGUACUCAUCCUACUCAGAGCUGUGCCGUGGACAAGCAUGCAAGAAUGCCAUAUGUGACAAGUACAGGAAAGGAUUGAUCGACGGCUCGGCCUGCACCAGCCUGUGUGAGAAAGACACGCUGUACUUGGGGAAGUGUCUCUCAUCCAAGCCUAACAACCAGGUGUAUUCUGGUGGCUGGGGGGACCUGGAGGGGGUGGUUAAGUGCCAGAUGGAGGAGGUUCCUCGUUAUGACCCGGGAGCUGAGAUGGAGCACAGGAAGGAGGCUUCGCCCUUCAACAAGCCCACCAAGGGAACCUCUGUGGAGAAGUUCAAAGCGAUAGUCCUCAGCCACCUCAAGACCAAGGUGGGUGAACAGGCCAACCUUCAAGACCUGGUGAGCCUGGUUCUUUUCGUGGCCGACUACAACAAAGACGGCCUCAUCUCCCUACCCGAGGCCCGUUCCAUGUGGGCCCUGCUCCAGCUCAAUGAGUUCCUUCUAGCGGUGGUCCUGCAGGACAGGGAGCAUGCCCCCAGGCUCCUGGGCUUCUGUGGGGACCUGUACGUGAUGGAGAAGGUGCCCUACGCUCCCCUGUACGGCAUCAGCCUGCCAUGGGUAGUGGAGCUGUGGAUACCCGCAGGGUUACGACGCAGCAUGGACCAGUGGUUCACGCCCUCCUGGCCACGCAAGGCCAAGAUCUCCAUUGGCCUCUUGGAGCUUGUAGAGGACGUCUUCCACGGCACCUUUGGCUCCUUCCUCAUGUGUGACGUGAGUGCAGCCGACUUUGGCUACAACGACCGCCACGACCUGAAGGUGAUGGACGCUCGUCACAUCGUCCCCGAGGCCACUUUCCAGGAAGCCAUGAGGGAGCGGCGGUGCAACGUGGACGAGGACUGUCUGUACGGGACCGACUGUCGCACUUCCUGUGACCUCACCAAGCACCGGUGUACGCCAGAGGUGACACGGCCCAACCUGGCCAAGGCGUGCAGCUCGCUGAAGGAAUAUCUCCUGCGUGGGGCGCCGUCUGACAUACAGGAUGAGCUGGAGAAACAGCUGUAUGCUUGUAUAGCGUUGAAGGGCUCGGCGGAGCAAAUGGAGAUGGAACACUCGCUUAUACUGAACAACCUGAAGACCUUGUUGUGGAAGAAAAUAUCGCACACCAAGGACUCCUAAUGAGGUGAAAAUAUAGGUACUGUAUAUCCAGACUUUCCUGCCUUUCUCCCAAAGUGUGCACUAGAACACUCCCGGGCAUGUAUUUGAAAGCAUUGGUUGGAAACAAGUUUUCGUCAUUGUAAAUCCAGUACGGAGAGUGGUUAAAUACACAAUUUGGAAAAGGGUGGAGAAUCAGUACACAUAUGAGCACUACCGCUGCCUCUUUGUCAAACCGUCUGGUUUCACAUGCCUCAGAACUGGACUUGACUGGGAGUCUAUGGCAGGAGUGGAUGAAACAACCGCUGGUUUUAAUUGGCAAUUCUGUCUCUCACCAUCUAGUAUAACCCUUAGAACCUCCCCCUACUUUGGACUUGUGGAGUUCAAAGUGCAAGUAGCGCAAAUGAUUUAAACAAGUGAGAGAGUUUGGAAAAUGUGCAUGUACUCAUCUAGAAAUAGUUUUCACAUUAACUUUAUAUUUCUGAACUCAGAAUCAGUUGAGCAUCCCAAAAAUAAUAUGAUCAAUGUGAUAGAACAUUUAUUUUAAUUUGGCGAUUUUCACCAAGUCCCAUCUAACAGAGCUCCACAGUGGAGGUGUCAUAAUACCCAUGAAUCCUUGUGGUCAAACAGAAAUGGUUCCAAUUGUUUUGACAUGACUCAUUUUUCCCAUAGGGGAUUUCAGAAACACUUCAAAAUAAGGGCUGCGUUUCGUGAUAACCAUAUGAAUCUCUCUCGAACAAGGUGACAUUUAUCAAUAUAUUCGGCUGUAUUUACACUAGGCUACCUGAGGCAGCAGUAACUGGAAUGUUGCUGGAUCAAAUACCCAAGCUGGAAAGGUAAAAAUCUGUCAUUCUGCCCCUGAGCAAGGCAGUUAACCCGCUGUUCCCUGGGAGCCGAACACACGGAUGUCGUUUAUGGCAGCCCCCGCACCUCUCUGAUUCAGAGAGGUUGGGUUAAAUGUGGAAGACACUUUUCAGUUGAAGGCAUUCAGUUGUACAACUGACUAGGUAUCCCCCUUUCUCUUCCCUUUCAGAUUCUAAAAUGCUAAUUAGCAUCAAUGUAGACAUCAAAUGUUAUUUGUCACAUACACAUGGUUAGCAGAUGUUAUUUAGAAUGUAGCGAAAUGCUUUUGCUUCUAGUUCCGACAGUGCAGCAAUAUCUAACAUGUAAUCUAACAAUUCAACAACAACUACCUAAUACAUACAAAUCUAAGUAAAGGAAUUGAAUAAGAAUAUAUACAUAUAAAUAUGUGGUUGUGCAAUCAUGGUGUGGCAUAGGCAAGAUACAAUAGAUGGUAUAAAAUACAGUAUAUACAUAUGAGAUGAGUUAUGCAAGAUAUGUAAACGUUAUUAAAAUGGCAUUAUUAAAGUGACUAGUGGUCCAUUUAUUAAAGUGGCCAAUGAUUUCAAGCCUGUAUGUAGGCAGCAGCUUUUCUGUGUUAGUGAUGGCUGUUUAACAGUCUGACGGCCUUGAUAUAGAAGCUGUUGUCAGUCUCUCGGUGCCAGCUUUGAUGCACCCGUACUGACCUCGCCUUCUGGAUGGUAGCGGGGUGAACAGGCAGUGGCUCGGGUGGUUGUUGUCCUUUGAUCUUUUUGGCCAUCCUGUGACAUCGGGUGCUGUAGGUGUACUGGAGGGCAGGUAGUUUGCCCCCAGUGAUGUGUUGAGCACGCACCCUUGUGGGGAAUCAGCGAAAUGGAGGUGUUAUUUCCUAUCUUCACCACCUGGGUGCGGCCCGUCAGGAAGUCCAGGACCCAAUUGCACAGGGCAGGGUUGAGACUGAGGGCCUCAAGCUUAAUGAUGAGCUUGGAGGGUACUAUGGUGUUGAAUGUUGAGCUCUAGACAAUGAACAGCAUUCUUACAUAGGUAUUCCUCUUGUCCAGAUGGGAUAGAGCAGUGGGCAGUGUGAUGGCGAUUGCAUCGUCUGUGGAC